AUUACUUGAUGUCGCCCGCCGUGAGCAUCUGAGUCGUUUUCCCAACCCCUCCUCCACGACUUCCAGAGAUAUCCUGCCAAGAAUUGCUUCUCCCUUCUUUGCAUCGAAUUUCUUCCGCACGGGAAACAGGGCCCAGACAAAGAUUCGGCAACCAGGAACAUAUACCCCCCCCCCCCAACAACCGGCGAAAAUGGCUGACACGGCCGACACCGAGAAAGGAGGGGUCAGCCCGAUCGAUGACGGCGCCGGCAAAGGCAACGGCAACGGCAGCGGCAUUGACAACCACGACGAGGACGGCGUCGGAGAGCAAGACCACCCCCCUCACCAUGGCAUGUCGACACGAGAGUACAUAGCCACGCGCUUCACCAGCCUAAAGCCGCCGAUGCUGGCGGCCCCGAACCCGUUCCGGCUGCUUCGUAUGCUCAAUCGCCGCCAAUGGGCAUUUUUCUCCGUUGCCUUCCUCGCGUGGUCCUGGGACGCCUUCGACUUCUUCACCGUCUCGCUGACGGUCAGCGACCUUGCCAAACAAUUCGACCGCAGCAAGACCGACAUCACGUGGGGGAUCACCCUCGUGUUGAUGUUCCGUUCUGUCGGUUCGAUCAUGUUCGGAAUCGCCGCUGAUCGCUAUGGCCGCAAGUGGCCCUUCAUUGUGAACAAUGUUCUUUUCAUAGUCCUCGAACUCGGCACCGGAUUCUGCAACACCUACAAGGAGUUCCUGGCGUGCCGGGCCCUCUUCGGCAUCGCCAUGGGCGGGCUGUACGGCAACGCGGCGGCGACGGCGCUCGAGGACCUGCCCGAGGAGGCCCGCGGCCUGAUGAGCGGCAUCCUGCAGCAGGGGUACGCGUUCGGCUACCUGCUCGCGACGGCCUUUGCGCGCGGGCUCGUCAACACCACCAGCCACGGCUGGCGCCCGCUGUACUGGUUUGGCGCCUGCCCGCCCGUGCUCAUCAUCCUCUUCCGCCUCGCGCUGCCCGAGACCCACGUCUACGAGCAGCGCGCCAGCGUCCGGCGCACCGCCCAGGCCUCGGGCGGCGACAGCAUCAGCCACACCUUCAUCCGCGAGGGCAGGGUCGCGCUGCGGCGCCACUGGCUGCUGCUGACCUACCUCGUGCUGCUCAUGGCCGGCUUCAACUUCAUGUCGCACGGCUCGCAGGACCUGUACCCGACCAUGCUCGAGAACCAGUUCGACUUCUCGCCCAAUGCCGUCACCGUCACCCAGGUCGUCGCGAACCUGGGCGCCAUGCUCGGCGGCACCCUCGUCGGCUUCCUGAGCCAGAUCUUCGGCCGCCGCUUCAGCAUCGUCGUGUGCUCCGUCGUCGGCGGCGCCCUGCUGUACCCCUACACCUUCGUCUCGUCGCACGCCGUCAUCGCCGCCGCCUUCUUCCAGCAGUUCUGCGUCCAGGGCGCGUGGGGGGUCAUCCCCAUCCACCUGAUGGAGCUGUCGCCUGGGGCCUUCCGCACCUUCGUCGUCGGCACGUCGUACCAGCUCGGCAACCUCGCCUCCUCGGCCUCGUCCACCAUCGAGAGCACCAUUGGCGAGCGCUUCCCGCUCCCCGCCACCCCGGGCGCCGCCGCCGGCGCAGACACCCGCUACGAGUACGGCAAGGUCAUCUGCAUCUUCAUGGGCUGCGUCUACGCCUACGUCGUCCUGCUGACCGUCGCCGGCCCCGAGCACCUGCGCCGCAAGUUCGACGUCGCCCACGACGCUGACGUCCGCGAGAUCGCCGGCGAGGACACCAUCGCCGAGGCCGUCCGCCGCCGCGAGCGCGCGGGCAUGGGGCGGCCCGGCGACGAGGACGCGGAGAGGGAGAAGACGGUCGCUGGGCACCAUGAAUGAUACUCGCCUCGCCCGAAGAGUGUUACGAGACUUUUUCCAGUAGGGUGUGGACCUGAUUGGGAUGCGUCGGGCCGGGUCGCUUUUGGGGAGGUUUCUUUA